AUGUUCAUUUCCGUCAGCUUUGGCUUGGCUCUGCUGGUCACCGUCUGGUCCUUCUACCGCGUCACUGGCGGACUCUUCAAUCCCGCCGUCACCCUCGCCCUGUGGAUCUGUGGCUGCGUGGGAGCUGUGCGAGCAAUGAUGCUCGCUUUGGCACAGAUCCUUGCAGGCGUCACCGCAAGUGCGCUAGUGUCCGCUCUGACGCCCGGCGAUGUUCGUAUGGUGCAGAAUGCUUUGGGACUGGGAGUGAGCGUGGUGCAAGGUCUCUUUACCGAAGCGCUGCUCACUGCCGUACUGGUAUUUACCGUUCUCAUGCUUGCUGCCGAGAAACAUCGAUCGACGCAUCUAGCGCCGCUGGGGGUAGGCCUUUCCGUAUUUGUGUGCCACCUAUUCGGAAUCUCUCAGACGGGCUGCGGCAUCAAUCCGGCUAGAUCUUUUGGUCCUUCGGUCGUCUCUGGACAGUUUGAAAGGUAUCACUGGAUCUAUUGGAUAGGACCGAUACUGGGCAGCCUUUUUGCCGCCGUCUUUUACAAGAUUUUGCACGCUGUGGAUUAUCAGCUCAUUGUUGCAGGGCAAGAUGCCGAUUCGGUCGAUCCCUCUACAGCACCGCCCAAAGACCUGUUCAGCAAGGUGUACAAGCAAGCUCUGCAGUGGAAUGGCAACCUCAUCUUCUACCUCGACACAAAAGCAGCAGCCGAAGCGUGCACGAAGCAGCAAGCUCUUCGCGAAGCCUCGAGCGCAGGUAUGCAAGCUCCACCUUCUGUUCAGGUGUACAAUCCCUCCGAUGCGGCCCAGACCGAAGCUGUGCAGUCUGGUCAAGCUGUUGUUCUCAACAUCAACGAUUAUCCUCGUUCGCUGCUAGCCGGACCCAAUUUUUCGGCCCUUUCGCUAGGAUUGCCCUUGGCUCCCAUGACCAACGGGACGCACCGGAGCGCCGCGACACAACGUUCCUUCUUCCAUCGUCUGACGAACCAAGAAGAGGUCAGAGCUCUGAUGCUUCAGCAACAACACCAGCAACAGCAAGAAGUCGCGGUUGCUGCCACCGUCGCCACCUCGGAUGGCGCCCUUGGGGUGCAGACGGGUGCGCUCGGAACGAUGAGCGCUUGCAUGCAGGACGUCGGAGCUAUUGCGCCUCCUGGAUCUACCAAUCGAUCUUGA